UGUUUAAGGGUAAAGUCAUGUUUCAGACAGCUGGAUCCUCAUCUGAUCCUCCGAUGGUCAUGAAGGCUUCAGAAUCUGGAAGUGUUACAGAAUUAAAUGACCUUCCUGUGGAAUCCAAGCAGAUUAAACCGUAUCUGCUGGAGCUGAGAUGCAGAGCAGAGAAGGAGCCUGUUGUUAAACCACAUCCUCAUUUAUCUGAUAACUUCCUGAUCAGGUUUCUGAGAGCCAGAGACUUUGAUGUGGAAUUGGCACUGAAGUUAUUGAUUAAUUAUCAUAAAUGGAGAGAAGAGUGUCCUGAAAUAAGCGCUAAUCUGCAGCCGUCCUCCAUCAUCGGCCUCCUGAAAAACAAUUACCACGCAGUUCUCAGGUCCAGAGAUGCUGCCGGAAGCAGAGUGUUAAUUUACAGGAUCGGUCAGUGGAAUCCGAAAGAAUUUUCAGGGUAUGAAGUUUUCCGUGUCAGUCUCAUCACAUCUGAACUGAUUGUCCAGGAGAGUGAGACCCAGAAAAACGGACUCAAAGCUAUUUUUGACCUUCAGGGCUGGUGUUUCUCUCACGCCCUCCAAAUCACCCCCUCACUGGCAAAGAAGAUCUCCUGUGUCCUCACGGACUCGUUUCCUUUAAAGGUGCGUGGGAUCCACUUCAUAAACGAGCCCCGAUUCUUCCGUCCCGUGUUCAGUAUGAUCAAACCACUUCUGCCUGACAAAAUUAAACAGAGGAUUCACUUCCACAGCAGCUUGUACACGAUGAGCCUCGCUCAGUUCUUCCCUCCGUCCAUCCUCCCGCUGGAUCUGGGCGGCUCAGGGCCGAGUGUAGACGAGCAGUGUGAGGAAUGGACACAGCACAUUCUGCAGGCUGAAGGCUACCUACAGAGUCUGUGUGUGGAUUUAGGAGGCAACUCGUCUGAGAGCUGAUGAUGUCACCCUCACGAUGAUGUUCUGACUGAACGUCACACUUUUACAAUAUUACAGAAAGGAGAAUUUAUUAAAUGGUUGCAUCUAUUAUUCAUUGAGUUCAUUUAUAGCAACAAGUCUUUAGUGUUUUAGGGUUUGACUGACAUGAGGAUAAACACACAUGCAGGCCUCUGCCAAUAAUAAACUGAUUUUUCAGUGCAGCUUCUGUUGUAUUCUCAGUGCUGUUAGUGUUGAUUAAUUUAUGUACAUGUGAAAAUAACUGAAUUUCUUUUAUUUAUUUAGAUAACAAAUAUUGUCAUUUCUCAUGCUGGAUUUAUUUUACUGCAUCAGAAACUUUGGCAGUUCAUUGCAGAGAUUAAAAACUUCACAAAAAGCACUAUUUUGAUGCAUAAAACACCAGAAGUCCAGAAGCUCAAUCAAAAAGGUGUCUAUUAUGCCUUAGAAAAGAGAGAGAGUGUACUCUCAGUGAUCUACACUACUUCAAUUAAAUUCAGCUAACAACACCUGAGGAAGAACACAAACACUUAAGUACACAAGAGACCACAAAAUUAAUGAACCUAGUUUCCACAAUACACAUAUCAAUUACUAUGAAUGAUUUUCUUUGGAAAUGCUUGUAAUCAUGAACAAUAAAAACAACAUUAUAAACA